CAACGUGUCCCAAAAAAUAAAACAUAAAAAAAAAACUCUUCAUCUGUAUACUCCAUCAUCAUAAUGAGCUUUCUCAACUUUAGUCUCGGUGGAAAACGUAACAAGGCAGCCAAGAGUAAAUCAUCAAGCACAUCUCAGAGCAAGCCACUCUUUUUGUGCAAUCCAUAUGUAACGCACAUGCUUGUAAAGGGAAACUUCAAGACGAUUAUAGAACUUCCCAAAUAUGUUGAUGUCAAUGAAUGGCUUGCAUUCAAUACCUUUGAAUUCUUCAACUGCCUUAACUUGGUCUAUGGAUCAAUCAACGACUUUUGUACUGCCCAGAGUUGCCCUACUAUGUCUGGAGGUCCAGGAGUCGAAUAUACCUGGUCAGAUUCAGUGUCAAAGAAAGUCAAGCUUCCUGCACCUCAAUACAUUGAUUUCAUGACAGCAAGCAUACAAAAUUUGCUAGAUGAUGAAUCCUUAUUCCCAACAAAAGCAGGUCGAGACUUCCCUGCUCGUGAAAUGCCUGCUGCUGUGAGAAAGGUGUUUAGCCAGCUUUUCCGUCUGUUUGCUCACAUUUACCACCACCACUAUGACAAGAUUCUCUCACUACAUGAAGAACCUCAUUUCAAUUCACUGUUUGCUCACUUCAUUUCAUUCGCCAGAGAAUUUGACUUGCUCGACAAGAAAGAAACUCAACCACUCCAAGAACUCAUUGACACCAUGAGUAAGAAUGGGGUUAUUUCAUGAAAGCCUUUACCACCAAAUUCAUAUCUCUCUCUAUUUCUACCUCUUUACCUCCGUUCUUACAUCUACCUAUAUCUCUAGCUUUUCUCCUCAUCUCUCCAUCUCUCCAAAAAUAAAAAAAUAAAAAACCAAAUAUAUAUAUAUAUAUACAGU